AUGAUUGUUGGGGUGCUUGGUCGCUGGUGUUUCCAAGUAAACAGCUCCAAAUACAGUUCUAGCUUAUCCAGACACAAACAUAUUCAUACACGUGAGAGGCCAUAUCAUUGUGAUAUCUGUGGUAAAUCAUUCCCUGCACCAAGAAUCUUAACUAUUCACAAACGUGUUCAUACAGGAGAGAAACCAUAUCACUGUGAUAUCUGUUGUAAAUCAUUCCCCUCACCAAGUAUCUUAGCUAAACACAAACGUGUUCACACAGGAGAGAAACCAUACGAGUGCAAUAUCUGUGGUAAAUCAUUUUCUGUGAAGCAUCAUUUAAUGAUUCAUGUACGUAUUCACACUGGGUAUAAACCACAUCGCUGUGAUGUCUGUGGAAAAUUCUUCUCCCAAAACAGUCACUUAACUGCUCACAAACGUAUUCAUACAGGAGAGAAGCCAUAUCAUUGUGAUAUCUGUGGGAAAUCAUUCUCUUAUGGGACCAGUGCUGUAACUAAACACAUACGCAUUCAUACAGGAGAGAGGCCAUAUCAGUGUGAUAUCUGUGGUAAAUCAUUCUCUAGAACUGGUGAUUUAACAAAACACAAACGUAUUCAUACAGGAGAGAAACCAUAUCAUUGUGAUAUAUGUGGUAAGUCAUUUUGUCAGAGUGGUGAAUUAAUUUCUCACAAACGUAUUCAUACAGGAGAGAAACCGUAUCAUUGUGAUAUAUGUGAUAAAUCAUUUUCUCAAAAUUGUAAUUUAACUGCACACAGACGUAUUCAUACAGGAGAAAAACCAUUUCAUUGUGAUAUCUGUGGUAAAGCAUUCUCUCAAAGUAGCAGCUUAACUGCACACAGACGUAUUCAUACAGGAGAAAAACCAUAUCAUUGUGAUAUCUGUGGUAAAUCAUUCUCUCAAAAUGAGAGUUUAACUACUCACAAUCGUAUUCAUAUGGGAGAGAAGCCAUAUCAGUGUGAUAUCUGUGGUAAAUCAUUUUCACGUUGCACAACCCUAACUAUACACAAACGGCUUCAUACUGGAGAAAAACCAUAUUACUGUGAUAUCUGUGGUAAAUCAUUCUCUGAAAAUGGUCACUUAACUGUACACAAACGUAUUCAUACAGGAGAUAAACCAUUCCACUGUGAUAUCUGUGGUAAAUCAUUCUCUGGGAGUGGUGUCUUAACUAAACACAUACGUAUCCACACAGGAGAAAAACCAUAUCACUGUGAUGUCUGUGGCAAAUCAUUCUGUGCAAGUAGUAACUUAACAACACACAAACGCAUUCAUACAGGAGAGAAACCAUAUUUCUGUGAUAUCUGUGGUAAAUCAUUCUCUGUAAGUACUCACUUAAUUACACACAGGUACAGUCAUACAGGAGAGAAACCAUAUUGCUGUAACAUUUGUGGUAAAUCAUUUACAAGAAAUAGCGACUUAAAUAUGCACAAGCACGUUCAUACAGGAGAGAAGCCGUAUCACUGUGAUGUGUGUGGUAAAUCAUUUUUUAAAAGUGGUAAUGUAACUAGACACAAACAUACUCAUACAGCAGAGCAACUGUUUUCUUGUGAUAUCUGUCAUAAAUCAUUUUCUCAAAAUAGCGAAUUAACUAAGCACGUACGUAUCCAUACAGAUGAGAAGCCAUAUCACUGUGAUGUCUGUGGCAAUUCAUUCUCUCAAGAAACCAAUUUAACUUCGCAUAUAAAUAAACAUAAAGACCAAUAA